AUGGGAAAUUCUGACACGAAAUUAAAUUUUAGAAAAGCUGUGAUACAACUAACUUCUAAAACACAGCCUAUCGAUGCUGCUGAUAAUUCAUUCUGGGACCAAUUUUGGAGUGAAAAUGUGACAAAUGUUCAAGAUGUUUUUACUCUUGUGCCAGCUACAGAAAUCCGAGCAUUACGUGAAGAGGCACCUUCAAAUUUAGCCACAUUAUGUUACAAGGCGGUAGAGAAAAUGGUGAGGGCGGUUGACAGUUCAUGUAGAACUCAGCAGGAGCAAUUGGCGGUACUUAAUUGUGCUAGACUUUUGACACGUGUCCUACCAUACAUAUUCGAAGAUCCGGAGUGGAGAGGUUUUUUCUGGACUAGUCUUCCAGAAAAUUCUCAAUCUGGUGAUUCAGGAGAAUCUGUAGCCUUAGCUCAUUCUCUUUUAAAUGCAAUUUCUGACCUUCUGUUUUGUCCAGAUUUUACUGUUGCCAGUAAAAAAUCAGGUCCGGAUAAAGCUGAAGACUUACAAGCGAUCGAUAGUUGUGAAUACAUAUGGGAAGCUGGUGUUGGUUUUGCCCAUUCACCACCACAUUAUACAACUUACGAUGCAGCCAGAACUGAGUUAUUGAAAUUACUUCUCACUUGUUUCUCAGAAACAAUGUAUCAACCGCCUGUUGAUAUACAGACUGCUCCAAACAAAUGGAUUCAGUUUUUUACUUCUGGUGAAAAUCGUCAUGCGCUUCCUAUGUUCACAUCCUUGUUAAAUACGGUCUGUGCGUAUGAUCCUGUAGGACUUGGUCUUCCUUAUAACCAUCUUCUUUUUCAAGAUACUAGUGAACCACUAGUAGAUGCUGCAUUACAAAUUCUGAUUGUGACAUUGGAUCAUGAUACAUCACAAGGAGGCGUUAGUAAUGAGUCUAACGGAACAGAAAAUUUAUUUAUAAACUAUCUAUCGCGGAUUCAUCGUGAUGAAGAUUUUGGUUUUAUUCUCCGAGGAUUCACAAGGCUAUUAAACAAUCCAUUGGUACAAACUUACCUUCCUAAUUCUACAAAGAAGGUACAAUUUCACCAAGAGUUGCUUGUCUUCUUCUGGAAGAUGUGUGAUUAUAAUAAGAAAUUUUUGUAUUACGUGCUCAAAAGUAGUGAUGUUUUGGAAAUACUUGUUCCAAUUUUAUAUCACCUAAAUGAUUCCAGAGCAGAUCAAUCUCGCGUCGGUCUCAUGCACAUAGGAGUUUUCAUAAUAUUGUUAUUGAGUGGAGAACGAAAUUUCGGAGUGAGGCUUAAUAAACCGUAUACUGCUACCAUUCCAAUGGAUAUUCCUGUUUUUACAGGAACCCAUGCAGACCUUUUAAUUACAGUAUUUCAUAAAAUAAUUACUACUGGUCAUCAAAGGCUUCAACCCCUUUUUGAUUGCCUUCUUACAAUACUGGUUAAUGUGUCUCCUUACUUAAAAACUUUAUCGAUGGUUGCAAGUACUAAAUUACUUCAUCUCCUUGAAGCUUUUAGUACCCCUUGGUUUUUGUUUUCAUCUCCUUCAAAUCAUCAUCUUGUUUUCUUUUUAUUGGAGAUAUUCAACAACAUUAUUCAAUACCAAUUUGAUGGAAAUUCCAAUCUAGUAUAUACCAUAAUUAGGAAGAGGCAAGUGUUCCACAGUUUAGCGAACCUCCCAUCAGAUUAUGGAACUAUUUCUAAAUCGCUCUCGAGGCGGAGUGGCAGGAAGCAACAUAUUCCCGUUGCUAGUCCCACUUCUCCCGAAAGCCCUAGUAUGGAAGGAAGUCGACCUGCUCUUCCCGCUCAACCUGGAACAUUAAAAGCCACUUUGCCUGAUACACCUGGUAUAGAAAAAAUGACUGGAAAGGAAUCUGCUCACAUGACCUCCAGUAGUACAUCUGAAGACUUAGCUGAUUUGGCUGGUGCAGUAUCGUUGAAUGGAACUGAAACCAAACCACCUAGUCCUCAGCAACAGCAACCACAAAUACAGCAGCCGAAAACACCUACUCAGGAAGUAAGAAGCACCAGCCAGUGGGUACCUUCCUCUGAGUGGGUAAACUCAUGGAAAUCCAAGCUUCCAUUACAGACGAUUAUGAGGUUGCUGCAAGUACUAGUUCCACAAGUUGAAAAGAUAUGCAUUGACAAAGGUUUGACUGACGAAAGUGAGAUUUUAAAGUUCCUCCAACACGGUACUCUUGUUGGCCUCCUCCCAGUACCACAUCCCAUCCUGAUCAGGAAGUACCAAGCUAAUGCUGGAACUACGACUUGGUUCAGGACAUAUAUGUGGGGAGUCAUCUAUCUUAGGAAUGUUGACCCUCCUAUUUGGUAUGAUACAGAUGUUAAGCUGUUUGAAAUUCAAAGGGUUUAA